AGGCUUCCUUUUCGAUAUACCACAAACGACCAAGAAAUUUUUUCCUGUCUCUUACAAAUUUCAAGCAAAAUCGCUCAAAUUAACACAGAAUAACAAAUGCUCAAAUUAACAAAUGACGCUGAAUCUGAUCCGACUGAUAGUUAGAGCUUUGCUUCAUUAGCAGGAAGUCGUCACAGCCUCUCCCAAAUAAAAUAUCUGACAUCGAAUAAUGCUUAAACAUGAAAAUAGAUCUACACAACGCUAUCAAAAAUAAAAGCUCAACCGUUAAUAUUUGCAUUCGUUAUUUUUCGAUGAGAAACAAUCGUGUCUUUACAAAUAGAGCUAAAAUACAUUGAAAGUACUUCCUUAUAAGACUGUCCUUUACUAUAGGUUUCAAGCGUUUGCGAAAAACGUCGUUGUAAUUUCAAGUUGAUUUGGUUUUGUUCAAAUUGUGCUCUCUCUCACCUCUUUUAUCAAGACCAACACCUUUUGAAAAUUUUGUUAGUUAGAAGAAAAAGUUAGUAGAAAAUUAGAAAAACUGGUUAAAACCUCAGCUGAAUUCUCCCUUUGUUUCUCUCUGCUACCAGCUGUUGUAUGAGUUACCUUACAGCUACGGUGACCGGCUGAUUGCUUUAACCAAUAGAAAGCGUCCGCGGAUUCCUCUCUGUAGGACAUAAAGAUGGCAUAGUGAUCAAGUGCGUUUUUCUGUGUAAUUUCUCCAGAAAACCUACACACAUAGUUCUAUUGUAUGCUUGACGGCGAUUCUGAUGCAAAUAGAAAAAUAUUUUAGGCAUCAAUAGAAAAACUGUGAAUAGUUUCCAAAAGCAAGGUGUUCAUUUAUGAUGUGUCCUAUAGAUAAUUUUUUUUCGAGGUGAAGACAAGUGCUGGAAGUUACUUUAUAACACAUUUUCAGAAUCAGUUUCACUCAAGGAUUCAGAAAAAGGAACUGUCAGAGCUCUGGAAGAAAACGAGAAAAAAGUAGAACCAAUUUUCGCCAAGUAGUGUUUUUUCGAUUUUUGACGUAUAUUCAGUAUUUCGAGUUUUCCCCCAUGAGUAUAAGCUUUAAUCGAGCUAAAAAGGUGAUAUUCGUGAUCACUGCAUCCCGGCGCAUCAGAAUAUGUAUGUUUCAUAGAAAAAUAAAAUCCUGUGGAAACUUUGAAUUAGCAGCACCUUAUCACAUCAAUCACUUAUUCAGGUACAAAAAGAAAUAAACGGAUCCAUGAGAUAAAACAAUUAUAUUUUCUUUCAUUUUGAACAGUUAUCUUCAUUUUCGAAUGACAAUACGACAACAUUAUCGUUGAUAAACGAGAAUGAAAACAAGAAUUAUAGUCAGUAGCUUCAAGAUAUAAAUGUGACAGUUAAUCUAUCUGAUUGUGAAAUGCUAUGUUCGAAUUCUACGGUGUAAAGUAAACAUGGAAGAAGAUCACAGGAAACUUAGACUAUUUUUCACUUGCUCCAUUUUAUUUUAGACCGAUGAACAAGAUCAUCGUUCCAAUACAAAUAUACAAACAGAAGUUGAUCAUCAAAUACAAGAAUUAAGGGACGAACAAGAAAAUAUAUCACAAAAACAACAAAAUGAAACAUUUUUACAGUAG